AUGCAAGACAUCGCCCACCAUGCGGCGGACGUCCUGAGGUACGGGGCGCAGGCGCUGGGGGCCACUGUCGUGGCGCGGGCCGCCGCGCCGAGCUGCGGAGCCUGCUCGCCGCACCUGGCCUGCCCUGCGCCUCCGACCCUCUCCUGCCCCGCCUGCGUCUGCGCUGGCGCGGGCGGGCACGUGGUCGAGCCCUCGUGUCUGGGCCUCGUCACGGCCUACUCGGUGGCCGCGCUGACCAUCGGCCUCGCUUUCGGGGCCGUGGGAGGCGCCUGGGCGGCGCGGCGGCUUCUCGGACCGACGCCCCGCCAGCCGCCCGCCGUGGUGGAGUUCGUGGACGGCAGUGACAUCGCCGCCCUCGCGGCUCAGCAGGUUC